CAACAUUCUUCCAAGGUUUGCUGCAUACAACGAUAGCGUGUCGACAAACUCAUCAAACGUGACAUAGUUCUGCAUAAUCGACUGCCUUUUCCGACGUACGGAAAAUUAAAGAUACGAAAUCCCCACAGCAUCCGCUACGAGUAUGGAGCAAUUGCACAACAGUCAGCGAACACUCCUACUACUCAUAGAACGUUUAAUUCUCUAGUUAACUUGGAGACCCCAACCUUCAACAUUGGAUUGAGCCAAUUUGAGCCCGACAACAGCAUCUCAGUACGCAACCAAAUCCCCCGAGUGUCUGCAAACUUAUCAACGGAAUUCAACAUGGUAGCUGAUACAGCCGUAGUGCCAGAUACACCAGAUCGGCAGCAACAAGCUGCACAAACAGAUUUUCCUGUCCAAACUCCUACAUCCAUAUCACCUCAUUCUUUAUUACAAGAAAUGAGUGCGGCAAGAAUAUCGAUACAUGAGGAAUGUGGUCUCCCAAAAGUUCAACCCAAAACAAGGAGGAGAAUCAUUGGAGAACCAUCUGAUAUGCUUGUAAACAUACCAAAGCGAAUAAUUAGACCCAGUAGAAUGGUUCAGUCCCCAUUUCUGUGCAAACAAUACAUAAGUGUGAGGGUCGAUGUCAAGGCAUUAGAAGAUUUAUACACAUAUACUAUAUCCAUUACUAAUGAAGAACAACUGAGAAAAAUCUGGGUACACAUGUCUGAACCUGUGCCCAGGUUUUUGAAACUGAAACAGAUACAAGAAGCCCUUAGUCAAGAUGCUGAACUUCAAGAUGAUGCUUUCAAUGUUGCUAUACAAGCACUGUUCGAGGAUGAGAUAGAAAGGUUUACUGGUAGCGAUUUCUUAGGCUGGAGGCAUUUCAUAAAUCAAGAUUUUGCGAUGCAUGCAACCGCUGGCGGGGCAGACUGGAACGCCGAGGAGCAUGUCUACUUAUUCAAUGACAUUCAUAUACCAUACGACGUGUCAAAAAGCCGACUGCUACAUGUCCCUUUGCACCAACCAUUUCAUUUCUCUCUGUACACAUUCGACAUGGAGAACGAGAAGAUUCAAAUCUUGGAUCCCUUUAGGGAUAUAAGCAAAGGAGGGAAGGACAUAGAAGCUCGACACUCUAAGACGAAAGACCAUGUUGCUAGGGCAUUACAGGAGUGCAUGAUGUUUUCCUUUCCAGAUUGGAAACGUGAUAUUUCAAUCUGGCAGCAUGAGUUCCCCACAAAUAUUCCAGCAAUUACUAACAGGAUGGAAACUGCUUUCCAUGUACUGAGUUACAUGAAAAAUUGGGAUGCAAGAUCCUUGGUCAACCCACUACCCUAUGAUUCAAGAGAGGCACAGAAGGACUUUCUCGCGAACCUCCUAUCCUUCAAGACUAAUGAAGCAAUAAUCCCAGAGAGUGUCGACCGGCUGGUGAAAGCACUCAGGAGAAAUUAACACAACCACCUGCCGAUACGAAUAACUAUGAAGAGCAGACAGAAUACCCAUUAAGAUCAUACCGCAUUACCUAUUUUCUACACUCUGUAAUAGAAGACAUAGUACCAUCAACUUAUAGCAUAAUUUUAUGUUCCAUACAUGGAUUAUUACCCUUUCCAACCACCACUGUUAUU